GUGCAUCCCCCGUACACUUAUCCAGUAAAUCUGUGGCCAGUUUCAUCUAAAUCUGGCACAGGGGUUCACAUCUCAAGUACUUAUUUCCUGGAAGUUUUGUAAAGGCAGAUGGCCACAAAGAAGAAAGAAAAGCCCUUAGAGGUAAGGCUGCGAUGAGGAAUCUCUCCUCAUAACACAUCAGAAAAAUUCUGGGCCAAAGGACGGGGAAGAGAAGGCUCCAAAGCAUUAAACUGCGGAUAUGUGGAUCUUGUUGGGCAACUUGCUGAAAAAGACACUCCUUGUCUUUAUUUCCAUUUUAAAGCAUGUCAAAAUACAGCUGUUGUUAGUGCCUGUGCUCACAGAGAAAACCCUAGGUUGCCGCCACUCACGCCGUUUUUCUUUGGGAGAUGGUGUGGUCCACAAUGAAUAUAAUCUGAAGGAAUACUUCAACAUUUUUUUUCCCUACCAAAUGCAAUUCUAUGCGGGCACAAAAGUUUCUUUUUUGCAGGGCCAGAAACAAACUCCAGGAAGCCGGUGAACCUUUGUGGUUUUUACAGCAACAAAGGGCACGCUGAAAGCAUGGAUUCCUCUUUAUCAUCCUGCUCUGUUGUUCCCAGCCACCCUCCUAGAACAACGUUGUGUGCGAGUUGGAGUCAUCUGGGUUAACGCCGCGUCCCUACUGCCUCACAACAGCCUCCAAACGAGGGAAACCAGCGCAGCGAUGCGAGGCGUUUGUGUGUGAACGCUUUUGGUUUGGAGUAAAGGAAUAAGAAUCACCAGCAAGUUGAAAAGCACAAAGCUGCAAGAUGUCGGGCCGCAGUGGGAAGAAGAAAAUGUCCAAACUGUCACGCUCCAGCAGGGCAGGCGUUAUUUUCCCUGUGGGGAGGAUGAUGCGCUACUUAAAGAAAGGAACGUACAAGUACCGGAUAGGUGUUGGAGCACCAGUUUACAUGGCAGCUGUCAUAGAGUAUCUAGCAGCUGAAAUUCUAGAACUAGCAGGAAAUGCAGCAAGAGACAACAAGAAGGGAAGAAUUGCCCCCAGGCACAUCCUCCUGGCAGUAGCAAAUGAUGAGGAGCUGAAUCAGUUGCUAAAAGGUGUGACUAUUGCAAGUGGAGGUGUCCUGCCCAGAAUUCAGCCAGAGCUCCUAGCCAAGAAACGGGGUGCCAAAGGCAAAUCUGAGACUAUCCUUUCCCCUACUCCUGAGAAGAAGGGAAGAAAAUCCAUGGUGAGCAAAAAGAGUGGGAAGAAGGCAAAGUCUAACAAAGCCCGGACACCCAAAAAGAAUAAACAAAAGGACAACGAAAAAGAAGGAGCUUCAAAUUCAGCAUCUGAAGAUGGACCUGGGGAUGGUUUUACUAUCUUGUCCUCCAAGAGCCUCGUGCCAGGACAGAAGCUUUCUCUGACACAGAGUGACAUCAGCCAUAUUGGCUCCAUGAAAGUAGAAGGCAUCGUUCACCCUACAACUGCUGAAAUAGACCUCAAGGAGGAGAUAGGCAAGGCUUUGGAAAAGGCAGGAGGAAAAGAGUUUUUAGAAACAGUGAAGGAGCUUCGCAAAUCUCAAGGACCUUUGGAAGUUGCUGAAGCUGCACUUACUCAGUCUAGCGGCCUAGCAGCAAAGUUUGUCAUCCACUGUCACAUCCCGCAGUGGGGCUCAGACAAGUGCGAAGAGCAGCUUGAAGAGACCAUAAAGAAUUGCUUAACAGCUGCAGAAGACAAGAAGUUGAAGUCUGUGGCUUUCCCCCCUUUUCCCAGUGGCAGAAACUGCUUCCCAAAACAGACGGCAGCCCAGGUGACUCUCAGAGCUAUUUCCACCCAUUUUGACGGCACCAGCUCUUCCUCCUUGAAGAACAUUUACUUUCUGCUCUUCGACAGCGAAAGUAUUGGCAUCUAUGUGCAAGAAAUGGCCAAGCUAGACACGAAGUAGCUACGGCAGCCAAAUGAAACUUUAUUUUUCAACAAACUUGAGUAGCAUUAAAAGCAUUAGAGGUGGGUUUUAUUUUUUCAAUGUGGUGAGGAGGGGGAGUGGUAGUAGUGUGAUGUGUUGUGACUUGAUGAAGAGCUGUGACUAGAGAUGAGAGGGGGGUUUAGUCCGAUUUUUUCAUGAUCUUAGCAUCCUCUAGCCAUUUAUAUCACCUUAAGCAAUUGAGUUACCAUCUCUUUUUCAGGAGUUUUAGUGUCCCUUGUUACUUUAGUUUAGAAGUUUUUAAAGAGUAACUUCAGUUUAGAUUUGUAGUGAUGAAAUUAUCACACACACACUUUAGAGAAAGCUCUUAAAUAUUCUGCUCCCUUUUCCCCUCCCUUGAGGGUAUAUGUUAAACGUCUGCCUCCAGCCCACGGGGGGUGGGGGGGGUGGGAGGGAAGGAUUUUAGAAGUGACGCAUGAGGAGCUUCUGUUUUGCUUUUAAUUCACAAUAAUCUCUGUAAUUACUGAGAAUAUUUCAUGUUGAUUUUGUUUGUUUUAUAAGAAAAAAAAAAAGAAAAAGAUGUGUCAAGUAUGGUUAUUGUUAUAAGCCCUAGUUUUGCUCUGGAAAUUUCUCACCUUUAAAAAAAGAAAAGCAGCAUCCCUAAUUAGGUAUGUGUUGUAUCACACUUAGUACACAAGUAACCAGCUUCUGGCAGAAGUAUAGUGCUGUGACUUAAUUAAAGCUGCUGGGGAGAUGCUGGCACAAAGCUGCAUUAUAUUCUGCUGAGUUUCAGGAUCAUCACAGCCUUUUCAAGGCUUUAGGUGGGUUUUGCGCAGGCAGU